AAGCAACAUGAAUAUCAAAGAAUAUAGGCAACUAAAAGAAUAUCUGGAAACCAAUAACCUACCUAAAGAUAUUGAUACAAAAGAACAAGCAAGAAUCCUUUCUAAAAGUUAUUCUUAUAUAAAAAAGACAGAAAAAAUCAAUGACCAUUUUGGUGUCAAUAGAAUAUUUAAAAAGUUAAAGAACUCUAUUAUUAGCUCCAAAUAUACGAAAGUAACUGUGCUUACAUCAAAACAUGUGACAGUUGUCAACAAUGAGACAGAAAGAUCUACUAGACCACUACAACCAAUUCUAGUAAGAUCAUCUUUCCAAAAGAUUGAUAUAGAUAUAAUAGGUUCUUUAUCACCAACUACUCAAGAUAAUCGCUAUAUAGUUGUUGCCACUAAUUAUACAAUAAAGUAG